AUGGUACGCGUAUGGAAGAGUGUCAGCUUACUACCAGUGUGGCUGUUGCUAAUAUCUCAUACAUUUGCUGCUUUACUUGCAGUUGACUAUGGUCAACAAUUUAUAAAAGCCAUGGUGGUCUCGCCACAAGCUCCCUUAGAAAUGGUUCUUACACCUGAGGCCAAGAGGAAAGAAGUCUCAGGUAUGGCCUUUAAGAAAUUAUCCAAGAAAGCUACCGAUAUAGAGAGAUUCUAUGGUUCUGCAGUCGGGUCUCUGGCUACUAGAUUCCCAGGUUCUACAAUGUUGCAUUUGAAGCCACUACUUGGUAGAAGCAUUGAUGACCUAGAAGUUGUGGAAUACCAAAAAGAACAUCCUGGUUUAGAAUUGGUUUCUACAAGUAGAAAGUCUGUUGCGAUUAAGAUUGGUAAAGUUAAAUAUCCAGUUGAAGAGCUUGUCGCUAUGAAUCUACAAGAGAUUACUGCAAGAGCUAACAAACACAUUAAAGAAAAUGACAAAAGAUCAAAGGAUUACGUUGAAAAAUUAGCACUUUCUAUACCAGCAUACUGGGAUCAAUACCAACGUACGGCGCUAAUGGGUGCAGGUAUGUUUGUGGAUGAUUUAACAGGUUUGACUCUAAUCGAUGACGGUUUAACUAUCGCUGUAAAUUUCGCUGUUAAAAAAAAUGAUUUUGAAUUAGAUCAGCCUCAUCAUUAUGUCAUCUACGAUAUGGGUAGUGGCUCUAUCAAGGCCUCCCUUGUGACUAUCACUCAGGAUGCCGAGAAAGACGUUCCAAUUAAGAUUGAAUUACAAGGUUAUGGUUUCAAUUCUACCUUAGGUGGUUCUCAAUUAACUAUGCGUGUAGCAAAUCUAAUUAAGAGCAAAUUCUUAGAAAAGAAUCCAAAGGUUACGGAAGAAGAUUUGGAUGCAGAUGCUAGAGCCACGGCUAAGAUUAUUCAAGCUGCAGAAAAGGCUAAACUUGUCCUAAGUGCCAAUGGUGAAUCAUCCGUUAGUAUUGAAUCAGUACUUCCUGAUGUUGAUUUUAGAACAGUUAUUUCUAGAGAAGAGUUUGAGAAUGCCAUGGAAGAAGACAUUAAGAGUUUCAGUUUACCUAUAUUGGAUGCUAUCGAAAAACAAUUCAAUGUUAAUAGUAACGAGCACAUUACCUUGGAUGAUAUCACAGGUAUUAUAUUGGCUGGUGGUUCUUCUCGUGUUCCAUUUGUUCAAAAAUCUUUAGCUGAUGUAUUUGGUUCUGAAAAACUAUUGAAGACCGUUAAUGCAGAUGAGUCUAUUGUUAACGGUCUUUCUCUGAGAGGAACUCAAUUGUUUCAACUGUUUAAGACAAGACCAUUUAGCGUUACAGACCGUUCGGUUUUCAAUUUCACCUUGCAUCCACAGGAUGAAGAAUCAAAUGAUAUCCAAAUAUUUGAAGCAGGUUCCUCAUUCCCAAAUAAGAGAGGUGUAUUGGUUCCAAUUAAGGAUGCAUCGGAGACUAGCGUAUACUCAAUUUACGAAAAUGAUAGAAUUAUUAAGAAUAUGACUAUUGAAGGUAUUGAAAAUUUUACUCUGGCAGAAUGUCCUUUCGGUUCUGUGUAUAAUAUGAGUUACGCAUUGACCCAAGUGAGAACUUUAAACAUUGAAACCAUAGAUUGUUUCUGUAUCAAGGAUGCCAAAGAAGCUCGUUCAGUUAAGAAGGAAAUUCUUGGAAUGUCUUACAUUGAAGAUGUCGAUGAAGACGACGAAUUUGAGUCAUUUGAUAGUGAAGAAACUGAUGAUUUCCAUUUUGAUGUUGAUGCUAAGAAGGAAGCUGGUUUAAUGAUCAGUCCCGCUGUACGUAGUUACGAUGACUAUGUUAUGCCGAUGUCUAAUGAAGAAAGAAUGGAAUCUACAAACCGUAUUCAAAUGUUAGAUGAAAAUGAUAAGAGAAGAUUCCAAUUGCAAGAAGCUAAGAACCUUCUUGAGAGUAGUCUAUAUGACAUCAGAAAUUUUCUUUCUGAAGAAGAAAUCUUAAGAGAUGGUCCAACUAAACAAAUAGAAAAAUUGUCUCGAUUAGUAACUGAAUAUUUGGACUGGGUUGAAUAUGAAGCCGAUACAGCUGCUAAGAAUGAAAUUAACAAAAGAAGAAAAGAAAUUUCAAGUAUGAAGAAAAGUAUCGACGAAUAUCUGGAGACAGCCGCUGAACCACUUGGAUAUGAACAACUUCAAAAUAUAUUAGAUACAGCAAAUGGUCUUUGGGAAAAGAUCGAACACAACGCAGAUAAUCUUGAAGAAAAAUUAGCUGAAUUAGACUCGAAGUUAGAUAAGAAAAUCUUAGACGUAAGAAAGGAAUAUAGCCAAAUAAAGGUACCAUCUUACUUGGCCCAAACUAUCCGCGACUAUAAUACUACUAUUAAUAUAUUUGAAGAGAGUAUCGCUAAUAUGACAUCUUUUGUUGAACAGAAGAUCUUUGAAAAGAUGGAUCGUGAACAACUGUAUGGAGUUAAGACUAUGUUUGAAAACUUAAUAAAGGCUGCACAAGAUAAAUUCACUGCAUUGGAGACUGUACAAAGUCAACGUCUGGCAGAUCUAAAAGCUACAUAUCAACGUAAAAUAAGAUCGUUGAAGAGAAAAGAAAAGAAAAAACAACAAGCUGAAAGCUCAAAAAGUAUGGCAUCCGACACAUCAGCUUCGGCCUCUAAUGAUAAGAAGUCAUCUACUAGUAACAAAUCUACUGAAACUACUGAUGUCCAUGACGAAUUGUGA